AUGAAGAUACUGAUACUUCAUCCAGACUUAGGCAUCGGUGGCGCCGAACGGCUUAUAGUGGACGCCGGGAUGGCAUUCAAGUCAUUGUCACAUGAGGUCCAUAUUGUGACCACUCAUCACGACAAGAGUCACUGCUUUGAAGAGACAAUCGAUGGCAGUCUUGAGGUGACAGUAGUGGCCGAUUGGUUGCCGCGAUCGCUGUUCAACAGGUUUUACGCUUUGAUGGCUUAUUAUCGGAUGAUUAUUGCAGCCAUUUAUGUGGUCUUCUUCUCCGGUCUUCAGUUUGAUCUCAUAUUCUGUGACUCCAUAUCCGCCUGUAUUCCUGUGUUAAGACUUUCCAAAAAGAAAGUUGUCUUUUACUGUCACUUUCCGGACCAAUUGCUGACCCAACGCAAGACUAUACUCAAGAGGUUAUAUCGAUAUCCAAUCGAUUGGUUGGAAGAGUGGACAACAGAAAACAAACAGCAUUACGAAGAACUGGUCAAUAAAGCGGUUGAGUUGGGAGUGGAGGACAAAGUAUCGUUCCUUAAGUCGCCGUCCAAUGACAAGAAGCAGCUUCUGUUGCACUCCUGUACGGCUCUCCUCUACACUCCAGACAACGAACACUUCGGUAUCGUUCCGCUGGAGGCCAUGUAUAUGAGCCGACCUGUGAUUGCUGUCAACAGUGGCGGUCCUCGAGAGACAGUCAUCGACAAUGAAACCGGAUUUCUCUGUCAACCGAAUGCCAAGCAUUUUGCGAAUGCAAUGAAA